CCACAACCACAGAGUACAUAUAUUUCUCCCUGGUGCACAGAACUUUCUCUAGGAUUGACCAUAUGCUAUGCCAAAAGAGGAGUCUCAGUAAAUUCAAAAAAAUUGAAAUCAUACCAUGCAUCCUCUCAGACAACAAUGCAAUGAAGCUGGAAAUCAACAACUCAAGAAUCGCUGCAUCAUAUGCAAACACAUGGAGAAUGAACAACAUGAUUCUGAAUGAGCAGUGGGUCAUAGAAGAAAUCAAAUGAGAAAUCAAAAAAUUUCUAGAAACAAAUGAAAAUGACAAUAGAACAUCAAAAUUUGUGGGAUACAGCAAAAGCAGUGUUAAGAGGAAGGUUUACAGCAAUUGGUGUCUACAUCAAGAAACUGGAAAGGCACCAAAUAAAUGAACUCUCCACACACCUCAAGGAUCUAGAACAACAACAGCAAACCAAACCCAAAUCCAGUAGAAGAACACAAGUCUUCUUCCAACCAUGGUGGUACUAUGGAGGCACAGCCAGCCUCCAGCAUUCCACGAGGACCCUAUCCUUCACAUCCACAUGGAGAAACGUGCACACUGCCUGAGUGAGCACUUGUUGCUGGCUUUCUUUGCAAUCCAAUGUCUUUGCCAUGGUCUUUGUUGGCAGAUAAACCCUGAGCUUGGGGAUGCUAAGUCAGGUGAUCCUACUGCCCUGUUGUGCUCCUCAUUCUCACUGGUUCUAUUUCUGCAGGUUACACCAAUAUGGCGGAGUUCUCACGGUCCCCUCCCACUCUACUAUCUGCAUCCUUGACCUCGGUUAUGUCACAUCAGGACUGGGGUGUUUUAUCCAAGGAUGAGGCUGUGAAGAUUGAGAAAGACUUAGAAGACGGGAACUUGCUGAAGGUGGUCUCUGACAUGAGGCGGCCUCUGGAGCUGGUGUCCCAGACGCCAGUCAACAUCGCGGUGACAGGAGAAUCUGGCAAUGGCAUGUCCACCUUCAUCAAUGCGCUUCGCGAGAUAGGACACGAGGAGGAGGCCUCAGCACCCACGGGGGUGGUCACAACUACGGAAACCCGUGCUGCCUAUUCAUCCCCCCUGUUUCCAAAGGCUGUGCUGUGGGACCUGCCUGGCACAGGGGUGGCUACUGAUACCUUGCAGGAGUAUCAUGUGGAAAUGCAGUUCAGCCAGUACGACCUCUUCAUCAUCAUCGCGUCCCAGCAGUUCAGCAUGAAUCACGUGAUGCUCGCCAAAACCAUCGCGGACAUGGGAAAGAAGUUCUACAUUGUCUGGACCAAGCUGGACCUGGACCUCAGCUCAAGCACCCUCCCAGGGUGUGAGCUACAACAGACCAUCAAAAACCACAUCUUGAGAAGUCUCCAGAAGCAGCGAGUGUGCGAACCCCCCAUAUUCCUGGUUUCCAGCCUUAAACCUUCUUCACACGACUUCCCAGGUCUCAGAGACACAUUGCAAAGGGACCUGUCCCGAGUCAGAUGCGAUGGCCCUCUUCAACACCUCAUGCAUGCCUGCGAGAAGAUCAUCAGCCACAGAGUGGCGUCCAUGCAGCGGAAAAUUACUCUACAACCUCUGCAAGGCUUCCUGGGCUUCUGGUAUGCAGAUGACUUGGCCGAGUGUCUGGAAGCCUACCGAUCAGUGUUUGGUGUAAACGUUGAAGCUCUCAGGGGGUAUAACGAGUACUCAAACACUUGUGCCCAUGCUUACGCAGCUGUGUCAUUCCAUACUUUAGACAGAUGA